GGGACAGUGAUGACUACACAAGUCUGUUCUUGUGUAGAUGCCCGCUUCUCCCACCAUCCUGGUGAGUAGCUUGCUAAUUUCCUUUGUGUGCAGGACAAUAGGACCACUACCAAGAAAGUCAGGCUGCUUACCUGUAACACUAGAUCUUGUAGUGGCCCAUUGUCCUUCACAUGACCUGAAAGCACUCACCUGUUUUGUUAAUCGCGGUAGUCAAGGACUGAGAGACUUGUGUGCAGGCAUCCUUAGUGUGAAGGAAAGGAUAACGGACCACUACAAGAACUACUUACAGGUAAGCAACCUUACUUUCUUCCUUGGACAUACCACCCCUUCCUCUUUUCUCUGCCCCUCAUAUGGGGAUAUAGAAUUUCCACACCAAAGGAGGCCUUUCCACUGCUCUAAUCCUUCCCAGAUGUGCUGAAUCUCUUUCCUCCUGAAGGCUGUUCCCACCCUCCUCAUAACAGCUGUAGCGAGAGGGUGAUUAACUCUCCAGGCUUCUGAGAUGCCUUUGGGCUUCUCCAGCCAUUCUUAUCUUGUGGUUUGCACACGUGCUUGCCCACAUCUCCCCCUUACUUUUUUGAGUGAGGUGAACAAAUCUUUUCAAGAAGCCAUUUAAAAGAAUAGAAACAGAAAGGAAUGCUAGAGAAAGCUUCACUUCCUUUGCUUUUAAGAACUCAGUGAUGUAGUUCUUCGAUUCACUGAAUCCAUUGAGCCAUUUCCAGCAUUUGUAGGAACAAAAGAGAAAAGAUGAUUGAUUGAUUGAUUGAUUGAUUGAUUUGAUAAAGUGCCGUCAAGUUGGUGUUGACUCUUAGCAACCACAUAGAUAGAUUCUCUCCCGGAUGAUCUGUCUUCAACUUGGCCUUUAAGGUCUCUCAGUGGUGCAUUCAUUGCUGUUGUAAUCAAGUCCAUCUACUUUGCUGCUGGUCAUCUUCUUCUUCUCUUUCCUUCAACUUUCGCCAGCAUUAUGAACCUAAAGGGGGCUGGGUUUUCGCAUAAUGUGUCCAAAGUAUGAUAGUUGGGGCCUGGUCAUUUGUGCCUUAAGUGGAAAUUCUGGAUUGAUUUGUUCUACGAUCCAUUUGUUUGUUUUCCUGGCUGUCCAUGGUAUCCUCAAAAGUCUUCUCCAGCACCAAAGUUCAAAAGCGUCAAUGCUUUUUCUAUCUUGCUUCUUCAGAGUCCAGCUUUCACAUUCAUAGAGUGUCAUGGGAAAAACCAUUGUCUGAAUGAUUCUAAUCUUUGUAAGUAAAGACACAUCACGGCAUCUAAAUAUCCUUUCUAAGGUCUUCAUUGCAACCCUACCAAGUGCUAAUCUGUGGCGUAUUUCUUGACUGCUGGAUCCUUUACUGUUGAUGGUCGAUCCUAAAAGGCAGAAAUCCACCACUUCAGUGUCUUCAUUAUCAAUUCUGAGGCUGGUUGCUGUGCCUGUUGUCAUCAGUUUAGUCUUCUUUACAUUUAGUCGUAGUCUCAAUUUUUCACUGUGCUCCUUGACUUUCAUUACUAGAGCUUGCAGAUCAUCCACAUUUUCGGCUAUCAGAGUGGUGUCAUCAGCGUAGCUCAGGAUAUUGGUGUUUCUUCCUACAACUUUAAAACCACGCUCAUCUUCUUCCAAUCCAGCUUCUCUCAGUAUACGUUCAGCAUAUAAAUUGAAUAAAUAAGUAUACAGCCUUGUCUUACCCCUUUGCUGAUCUGAAACCAGUCUGUUUCACCAUAUUCCAUCUGGACUGUGACUUCCUGUCCUGUGUAUAGGUUUCUCAUGAGAUGUUCUGGGAUGCCUAUUUCCCUAAGGAUAUUCCACAACUUGACGGUUGACAGAAUCAAAGGCUUUUCUGUAGUCAAUGAAGCACAUAUUGACUUCUUUGGGGUAUUCUUUGGCUUUCUCAGUUAUUCAGCAUGCAUUGGCAGUAAUGCUUCUUGUUCCUCGGCCUUUUCUGAAACCAGCUUGAACAUUCAGCAUUUCCCUUUCCACAUAGGGCUCUUAUUCUGCGAUGAAUGAUCCUGAGCAUCAUUUUGCUAGCAUGUGAAAUUAAGGAUAUUGUGUGAUGGUUUGUGCAAUCUGUUUAGUCUCCUUUAGUCAAACAGUGAAGCAAAUCAGAUAGUGUGAAGCUGGAUAAAAAUUCAUGACAAAUCUAACAAAGCAUAGACUUGAGCCUGUAAUAGGGACUGCUUUGUGGCAGUGAUAGCCAGAAUGCAAAGUUAUUUUUCCGUCACCAUAUAUUGCUCUACAUGGGCCACGAGUUCAGAAGGGAUGUUUCCAAGUGUCAUCAUUGUCUGAAGUAAGACUAUCUGUCAUCUGAAAUGGGUUUUCUUUGGCACUGGUGCCCACACUGUAGAAUUCAGUUCCCCCAAAGACUUUCCAGAUCUGUUUCAGUGAGGUCUUUCGUUUCAGCAUGUAGCAAAAAUGUGCUUGUUGUUCUUCACGUAGGGCAGGAUCUAGAUUAAGUUAGUCAUGACUGGAAUUCAUGGGACUUAAGUUAACUAUGACUAACUUGCCUCAUUGAUUUAAGUGGUGCUUAGUCAUGACAAACUUGGUCUGGAUCCUGUCAUAUUCAAUGCUGAUGCUGUGUUUUUCAGUGCUUUUCUAAGCUACUGAUUUUAAAAUGAAACAUUUAUUUAUUUAUUUAUUUAUUUAUUUAUCAAAUUUGUACACCGCUCCAAACUUUUGUCUCUGGGCAGUUAACAAUAGCAUAAAAUAGUAAAAAACAUAUACAAACAACUUAAAACAAUUUAACAAUGUAAAAAUAAACCAGAGAUUAAAACCUAAAAUUUGUUAGGAAGCUGAGAAAGCUUGGGCGAAAAGAUGGGUUUUCAGGUGUUUUUUGAAAAUUGCCAGAGAUGUGGAGGAUCAUAUCUCCACAAGGAGUGCAUUCCACAAUCUCGGGGCAGUGAGCAAGAAGGCCUGUCUCUGUGUAGCCACCAAACAAGUUGGCGGUAACUGGAGACAGACCUCCUCAGAUGACCUCAAUGGGCGGUGAGGCUUGUAAUGAAGAAGAUGCUCCCUUAAAUACCCAGGGCCUAAGCCAUUUAGGGCUUUAUAACUAGCACUUUGUAUUUUGUCCGGAAACCUAUUGGCAGCCAGUGUAGCUCCAUCAGUAAUGUGGUCUCUCCGAGAUGACCCAGAGACCAACCUGGCUGCCGCAUUCUGAACCAACUGAAGUUUCCGGACUACGUACAAAGGCAGCCCCACGUAGAGCACAUUACAGAAGUCAAGUCUGUAGGUUACCAACAAAUGUACCACUGUUUUGAGGUCAUUGAUCUCGAGUAACAGGUGCAGCUGGCGUAUCAGCCGGAGCUAAUAGAAAGCACCCCUAGCCACCACCUCAACUUGAGAAACCGGGGAGAGGUAUGAAUCCAGAAGUACUCCCAGACUUUUGGGGAAAUGUGACCCCAUCUAGAACAGGUAGAUCGAAACCAUCUCUAGAGUUCUGACCCCACACAAUAAGUACCCCCGUCUUAUCUGGAUUCAGCUUCAGUUUAUUCUCCCUCAUCCAGCCCAUUACUGCUUCCAGGCAGGCAUUUAGGGAGGAUAUGCCAGCUCCUGAAGACGUUGACAUGGAGAAGUAGAUCAGGGUGUCAUCAGCAUACUGGUAACACCCAGCUCCCAAUCCCCUGAUGAUCUCUCCCAGCGGUUUCAUGUAGAUGUUAAAAAGCAUUGGAGAAAGUACGGAGCCUUGAGGGACACCAUACUUAAGCUCAGAUUUUGAAGAGCAACAAUCUCCAAUCGACACCAUCUGGAAUCUAUCCGAGAGGUAGGAGCGGAACCACUGUAAAACAGUGCCUCUCACCCUCAACACCCUCAGACGUUCCAGAAGGAUACUGUGGUUGAUAGCAUCGAAAGCCGCCGAGAGAUCGAAAGGACCAACAGAGUCACACUUCCUCUGUCAAUUGCCAAUUGGAGAUUAUCCAUCAGGCCGACCAAGGCAGUCUCCACCCCAUAGCCUGCCUGAAAACCAGUUUGAAAUGGGUCUAGAUAUGUUUUAGUUGAAUUGGUUUGUAUGUUUUGUUUAUUAACUUUCUGUUUUUAAGCCACUUUCUAUGUUGUACUGCAGUCAGUAUUAUUAAAACUAGAAACGCACAACUUAUUACUUAAAUUUACAGAAUGCUUUUUCAUAUGAAAGUGCUCAUUUAUGUAGAAAACAGGGCAGUGAAUUUAGGUAAUAAAUUAUGGGAUUCUGUUUUUAACUGUUUCAGAGAGUAAUAACUGAUGCACAAGAUAGAAAAAAUAUUGGGAAUUAAUGAGUGAAACAUGUUCAGGUUUUAUGCAAGGCUUGGUUAUAUACAAGGCUUUUUCACAUUGACUGCCGACUGUGUAGGAGAAGCACCCAAGCUGGGUAUGAAAGCCAGACAUGCUCCCAGUUUUUGGUCGUUUGCUUGCAAACAUAAAGGCAGAAGGUGGGGAGGAAGAUCAUGUGUAAGGUGGCAGAUAUGUAGGAUGGCUUUUUCUCCUAUCUUGGUAAAAUGCAGGGGGCAGAAUCUGGUAGGACUCACUCAUCCUACCAACUGCCGCCUCACACAUGAGUGCUAAACUUCACCUAACUGAGAGGCAGGAGAAGCUCUCGCCACUGGUGCCUGCUCUGCCGCCGCAGAGCAGAGGCUUUAAACAUUUUUUUAAAAAAGUUUUUUAAUCCCACCCCCCCACACACACUAAAAGCAGGAGAAAGCUCUUCCCAGACAGGAUGAGCACUUCCUCACUGGAAUUUGGGACGUCCCGCACAAUGCGGGAUGGCUGGCAACCCUACAUGUGAACAAGCCUAGUGAGUUUCAUAGCUGAGUAAGGAUUUGACCUUGGGUCUGUUAUAUUUAAAUCAAAUCAACUGGCUCUUUACAGUAGUGAAGAUAAAAUUAAGAUAAUCUAGUGUUAGAGUUGGUAUAGUUUUUAUAUUAAAAUGCUGCAAGCCUUUCAGCAGCCUGCAUUCUCAGCAAAUGAUAACCUGAUUUUUCCCCUUCCAUUCCACGUUUUUUUAAGUGAUUGUAUCACAUAAGUCAGGUGUUUCUGUGUGAGAUAAUAUAUAAAGUAUAAUGCAAAAAUGACCUCAGCCGUGUUUCUUUAUUUGGGCCAGUUCAAAUAACUCCAAACCAACCAACCAUGAUUUUUGAGGUUGCAAUGAUACUCCAAAUUUCUUGAGCCUAAGCUUGCCUGCCUCCCGCUCCUGCCAAUAUCGACUGAACCUGCAGCUGUUGUGGUUUAUAAACCAUAGUUAAAUAGCUCUAGGUUUGUUUGACAGGUGGAGCUGCUAUCUAAACAGGAUGUUUGAUGUCAGAGCUCCAUGCUAGAGCAGAUGAGAUAAGGGAAGGGAGGAAGAUGGCAUGUGCAGGAGUCUUUGGAUUUUGAGUUCAUGACAGACAUAAGAAAUGGUUUCGAUGAGUUGUGAAAGACCAACUCUUUUUUUUUAGAGCGAGAGAAGGGUAUCUUUUAGACAAAAUAUGGGCAAAGUCCAAAGAAACAAUUUGAAUGAGUAAGUGAAUUAGAUGUGUAUCCGCGUUAUCUUUGAGGUUUGCUCUAAUGCAGUGUUACUGUGUUUGCUCUGAUCUCUAUUGUUUAUACAUGUGUGCACCUAGUUUGUGUGUUGGGGGCAGGAACACAUCAGUUCUGGGGAAAUUACUAUUUGAAGUCGGCGAAAUUACUCAGAUGCUAGGGGAAUGCUUCCCUUUCGCAGCAAAAGUAAACUCUGACCAGCCAAUGAAGCAGGAAUUUAUCUGUCCAGCAGAGUGGGUCCAAAUCAACCCCAGAUCAACAAGCACACAUAACUUAAAACAGGAGACACUUAUAGACUGGUGUGAUGAAAAGGAACUUAAUUUGAUUUUAACAACUGGAGGAACAGGGUUUGCACCAAGGGAUGUCACACCAGAGAAAUUCCCAACAUUCCCAUUUUGUGGGCUCCAGAGAGGGGCCACUAAAGAAGUAAUAGAACGAGAGGCCCCAGGGAUGGCCUUGGCAAUGCUGAUGGGAUCCCUUAAUGUUACACCUCUGGGCAUGCUCUCUAGACCUGUAUGUGGAAUCAGAGGAAAAACUCUCAUAAUUAACCUUCCAGGUAGCAAGAAAGGGUCACAGGAAUGCUUUCAGUUUAUACUGCCAGCCCUACCUCAUGCCAUUGACCUUUUGCGGGAUGCCAUUGUAAAAGUAAAAGAGGUACAUGAUGAACUUGAAGAUCUACCUUCACCACCACCACCUCUUUCUCCUCCUCCAACCAUCAGCCCUCACAAGCAAACAGAAGACAAAGGUGUACAAUGUGAGGAAGAGGAGGAAGAGAAAAAAGACAGUGGAGUUGCUUCAACAGAGGAUAGUUCCUCCUCACACAUAACUGCUGCAGCCAUUGCAGCUAAGAAGCAUCCAUUCUACACCAGUUGUGCUGUUAUCAUGGCAAAAGGUGAACAUCCCAUCCCUGGUCUCAUCUGUUAUUCCCAUCACGCAGCAGGCAGUGCAGGAGAACCGAUUCCAGAUUCCAUCAUAUCUCGUGGCGUUCAGGUGCUUCCACGAGACACGGCCUCACUUAGCACUACUCCUUCAGAAUCUCCUCGUGCCCAGGCCACCUCUCGUCUCUCCACUGCUUCCUGCCCAACACCAAAACAAAUUAGACGCCCGGAUGAAAGCAAAGGAGUUGCUAGUAGAGUUGGAUCCCUCAAAGCUCGGCUCCCUUCGUGUUCAUCCACCUAUAGUGUUUCUGAGGUCCAGUCCAGGUGCAGCAGUAAGGAGAACAUCCUCAGAGCCAGUCAUAGUGCUGUAGACAUCACAAAGGUGGCAAGAAGACACCGUAUGUCUCCAUUUCCAUUAACAUCUAUGGACAAAGCCUUCAUCACAGUAUUGGAGAUGACUCCAGUGCUUGGAACAGAAAUAAUAAAUUACCGAGAUGGAAUGGGCAGAGUCCUUGCCCAAGAUGUUUAUGCAAAAGACAACCUACCACCAUUCCCAGCUUCAGUAAAAGAUGGCUAUGCCGUCAGAGCUGCUGAUGGACCUGGGGAUCGUUUCAUCAUUGGGGAAUCCCAAGCUGGUGAGCAACCGACUCAGACUGUGAUGCCUGGUCAGGUAAUGAGAGUUACAACUGGUGCUCCAAUACCCUGUGGUGCUGAUGCUGUGGUACAAGUGGAAGACACAGAACUCAUCAGGGAAUCCGAUGACGGCACUGAAGAACUUGAGGUGCGCAUUCUAGUGCAGGCUCGACCAGGCCAAGAUAUCAGACCUAUAGGACAUGACAUUAAAAGAGGUGAAUGUGUGCUGGCCAAGGGAACUCACAUGGGUCCAUCAGAAAUUGGUCUUCUAGCAACUGUUGGAGUAACAGAAGUUGAAGUUAACAAGUUCCCAGUCGUUGCAGUAAUGUCAACAGGGAAUGAGUUACUGAAUCCUGAAGAUGACCUGUUACCAGGAAAGAUUAGAGACAGUAAUCGUUCAACCCUUCUAGCAACAAUUCAAGAACAUGGAUACCCAACAAUCAACUUAGGGAUUGUGGGAGAUAAUCCAGACGAUUUACUUAAUGCCUUGAAUGAGGGAAUCAGCCGUGCUGAUGUCAUCAUCACAUCAGGGGGCGUGUCCAUGGGGGAAAAGGACUAUCUUAAACAGGUGCUGGACAUUGAUCUUCAUGCCCAAAUUCACUUUGGCAGGGUUUUUAUGAAACCGGGCUUGCCAACAACCUUUGCAACUUUGGAUAGUGAUGGUGUAAGGAAAAUAAUAUUUGCACUCCCAGGGAAUCCUGUGUCAGCUGUUGUUACCUGCAAUCUCUUCGUUGUCCCAGCACUGAGGAAAAUGCAGGGAAUCCUGGAUCCUCGUCCCACUAUCAUAAAAGCCAGGUUAUCAUGUGAUGUAAAAUUGGACCCUCGUCCAGAAUACCAUCGGUGCAUACUGACUUGGCAUCACCAAGAACCACUGCCUUGGGCACAAAGUACAGGGAAUCAGAUGAGCAGUCGUCUGAUGAGUAUGCGCAGUGCCAAUGGACUGUUGAUGCUACCUCCAAAGACAGAACAGUAUGUGGAACUUCAUAAGGGCGAGGUGGUUGAUGUCAUGGUCAUUGGAAGACUAUGAUGUCACCAGCAAGAGAGAAGUUUUGAUGCAUGUCCACAUAUCAUUGACUGUAUCCUGUAAUAUGCAACGGCACAGCUAGUUUUUCUGAUUUGGAUAAAAGUUGAUCAGUAUAGUCAACACCUUGAACUAUAUUUCAAAUGGAUUUAAAUAAAUACCUUUUAAAAAAACUUUAAAAAUAAAUCUUAAAGAAAUCUAUUCUGAUUAUAUCAAAGCAACUUUUUCCUUUCUUGCAAUUGCUUUGUGUGUUCAAUGCUAGUUCAGAUAGCGGUAGCUUUUAGUAGACAGCGGUAGGUGCCUGCAGAACUUGUGUUUUUUCUCAUCUUUAAGAUACAACUACUUAUGCUCUUAAAACAAGGCUGUCUGCUUAUUUAUACUAGCGUAGACAACACUUGGAUUUCCCUUAUUAGUAUGCUUCAUAACCGCUUCACAGAGAGCUUCUGCUUGUUCUUUAUCUUGUAUCUCGUGUUGAUGUGCACAGUGCCAAAAGCAGAGUGGCUGCAUUGGGAACCCGAUCAAGCCCCGAGGUUUUCUCCCCUUGCUGCGCGUUCAGGGAUAUCUGUCAUCCCAGCAGCCACCCAGCUAAGUACUCUUGGGCAGUAACUGGAUACCUUUUUGUUUAAGCAAACAACAAAAAUUGCUUCCUUAAGUGCUGACAGCCUUUUUAACCAAUACAUUUAAAAAUGUACAGAAUUAAAAUCUAAAAAAAUCAAAGACUGAUCUUGUACAGAUAUUAGUGUUACCAGCAUUCGUGUGGAAAUUAAAUGAGCAAAGAAAUAAAACUAAUGUUAAACAACUCUGUACCAUAACAUUUUCUGUAAUGAUACUGAAACUUAAAUGAAUAAAAAAAAUUCCUUGAUCAUUAUUUAAAAGAA